GGGCAGGGACCUUUUGGUAAAUUCCUUUGCUCCACUAUACCCUCUAUCGCGGCUCGCAAGGUGCACGCCGUUCUUGUAGACCAGAUUUAAAUACAACUCUGAGCCCAUUUCAGAUCCGUGCAUAUCUUAUCUCACAAAAAGUUACAGAAGAAAACCCUCCCCACACACACACACACUGCACAUCACUCAAAACUGCCCACAUUUGUUCUUCAUUCUCUUCUUUCACUGGGAAUAAGCACACACAUAUACGUACAUCUAUACAUACAGACUGAAAAACAAACUGAUUCCGAAGAAGGGAAAAAAUUUCGGAGUGUUUAGAUCUUGCCGUUUCUUCUGUCUUCACGCCUAAAAUCAGAUCUGAAGAAAUUGAGGAGAGUGGGGUUGCUGUGUAUACGUACAGAUAUACAUAUAUGUUCUGUGUAUGGGUUGGGCUUACUGAAAUAGACAUUUAUCUGCUCAGAUUUUUGUGGUUAUGGAGGAGAUCUAAAAUUUCCGUGUUUUUAUGAUUCAGAAGUUCCGAAAAGCGCUCUUAAUUCUAGAUUUUUUUGUUAGUUUUUGCUAUAGUUGUAAUUAAGAUUAGUGUAGAGGAGCAAAGGAUUAAAGGACUGAGUUCAGUUAAUUAAAACAAGUUCUCGUUUUAAUGGAGACUCUAGUUGUUGUUUCCCAUCAUAGGAACCACCAUCAGUAUUAUGGCAGAAGUCGCAGCCGUAGUUAUGCAAAGCUUCGUUCGUUUGGUUCACCGCCUUCGGGCGGAUUUCGGGGCAUUAACUGCAGGACCUUUGAAUCUGGAGAAGGGUUACUUCCGACCCCGUUUAAAUCUUGCUUCACUAAAACCCCUGUCACUAAGAAAGCCGUUUCUUCUUUUUCGCCCAAAACCCCAUCGCCAAAUGGUAAUGAAAACCAAAAACCCUCGAAAAGAAUUGCAAAAACCAGCUCAAUUCCAAUACCUAUUGCCAUUGAUUUUGAUCCAAAAGAAGGGGAAUACGAUUUUUCUGAACGAUGGGCUGGACCUGCUUAUUCCAAUUCUCCUUGCCCUAGUUCUUUGCCCAUCCCUAAAUUUUCAAUGAGGCCUAAAAGAACCGUUUCCCUUGACUUGCCUAAAUUGGCCUCUGAAUUUGAUUUUCACUCCAUUGCUAAAUCUGCACCAGUCUCCCCAACUAGGGAGCGUCGCCCUUCUCCAAGUGACCUUUUUGACUUUUCUGAUUCUGCGACUAAGACCCUUCGUCGCAUCCUUAAUCUUGAUAUUACUGAUUGAAUGAAGGAAUUCUGGUGGUGGAUUUCGUAAAUAAGGGACUUGGUGUACUUUUGUGGUUAAGUAGGGGUAGUGGUAGGCUGUGUAUAAUAAGGAAGAUCAGUGUUUGGAUUGACUUGUUAUGAAAAGUCGCUCUGAAGUAGUGGUGGUGCAAAAGCUGUGAUAUCUGGAUUGGUGUACUAUCUCCAAAAUCUUUGACGGUGUAAUCUUUGUUUGGUUCUCGAUAUAUUAGAUGUGGUUUGGUGGCUCAGACAUGAUAUACUAUCCUGGUAAAAGUUGUGAACGAAAGGCAGUUGAUCAUGUGGCAUACUAAAGAUGAGUGUUAAAGUGUAGAGUUUGGGGAUUCAACUGAAAUUAAGUAGUUUGGGGACAAUUCAAUGCUUUUGAAAGUGGGGAUGAAGUUCUCUCGGUUUAUCUUUUUCCUCUCUGUUUCGUUGUCCCUUUGCAGUCGGUUUCUUCGUACAGCUUGUACAGUAAAGUAGAUUCCUAACUUGGUUAGUUGUCUUAGUUUUUGUUUCUCUCCUUUAUCCCAGCUAGAGUUCGUCCUGUUUUCUCAGUCAAAUACCUUCAGUAGGUUAUUUCAUCUCUCUUUUAAUGGUAGAUUGGCUCAUCAUAUUCGCCUGUGUAUCAUUGUUUAUAGCUCUCUGCUGAAUAGUUACUUACCUCUAUAUCUUCGUUUUCCUCUUCACCAAAUUUCUGGUUUUUGAAAAAGAAAAUUGGGAAGGGAAAUAGGCAUAGAUGAUAUUUUCUUCCUUAGUCUUAGGUUUAGUACAUGUUUGUUCUUCCAAAGUCUUGCCCACUCUUCGUCGUAUGUGUGUAAGAUGGUCAUGCUACCUAGUUUGUUUUCUGGAAGUGGGCUCGAUUCUUACGUCUCAUCCUCAAAAUUGGAGAUUGUUGAUCACACCUAGCUGUUUCACAGUGGCUUUGUACAGGACCACCUAUGGAGGAAAGAUUCUUCAGGAGGUUGUUUCAAUAGCUUGUACCGUUGAUCUUUGUAGUUCUCGGAGGUUCUUGUUCUGAACUAUGUUUGUCUGUUGCGAAGAUAGUGUUCUUUAAGAAUCUGUCGUCGUUCUUUUAUGUUUCUGAAAGUAGGGCACUAUCUAUAUUACGGUCAUGUGCACGUUUAGUUUCUGUAGUUUAUCGUUGACUUUUGGUACCAGUCCCUUGUUAUUUUAUUUUUUUAUGGAUGCUUUCUAUCUUUUUUACUUGGAUUUUUUUUACUUUUCUUUUUAUCAUUGCAGUACCCUCUUUAUUUA